AUGGACCUUCAAAACCUUGUAAACAACGUGAAAAGCGUUUCACUGAGUGUCGCCGAAAAAUUCACGCCAGUUCUCAAAGAGAGCAAGUUUAGGUACAAAUAUCAAGUUUUAGCAAGGUUAAAGCCUAUUUUUUGAUUUUUAGAGAAACUGGAGUUUUAACUCCGGAAGAGUUCGUCACGGCCGGCGAUAAUUUAGUUCAUCAUUGUCCGACUUGGAGUUGGGCGCGCGCUUCUGAUCCUUCGAGGUUAAAAAAACCGUAAUUGUAUUUUUUAAACGAGUAGUUUUUUCAGAGUAAGGUCAUUUUUGCCGGAGAAUAAGCAAUAUUUAAUAACGAGAAAUGUUCCCUGCCAUAAGCGAUGUCGACAAAUGGAGUACGAUCAGUCCCAGGAAAAGGCAGGAUUUAUCGAUUUUGACUCUAGAAGCGUCGCGGAGGUGUUAGAGGACGCAAGAAUGCUUUGUAGUUCAGAAUAACAUCUGAAAAGCUUCUUCGCUUAGAAAUAUUUACGAAUUUCGUCUGUGAAACAUUCAAAAUGUAUCGAAAAUCGUUUUCAAAUGUACUUUUCCACUGAAAUCGAAGUUUGAAUAACGAUGGAUUGGGAAAUACCUUGAAAUUUUUGAAAAUCCAUGAAAUUAAAAGUUUAAAUCUUUCAGAUUUUAACCUCCAUGGAAGUUGGGGCUGAAGAAGGCUUUGCUGGAGAUGAGGACGGCGGCUGGGUCGACACUCAUCAUUAUAAUCAAGAAACCGGCUCCUCUCAAGCUUUGGAACUCGGCCAGGAGGUAAAUUUGGCAAUAUCCAAAAUCAAAGAUUCCAUUUUAAAAAAUUAGAACUUUUUGCAAUACAAGUACGGUUUAGGAACGUAGAACUCGAGCUUAAUGAAGUUGGAAGGUUAAAAAUUUGUAAACUUGUCCUUUGUGUUCAAUUUAUCUAGAAAUUUCGUGCAAAUCUGUGAAUACAGGGUGGCUCAAAAUUACCCGCACAAGCUAUAGAUGCUGUAUAAGAAAAAGUAAAAGUCAGAAAUCCAUGGGAAUCAACAAAAAGUUUAUUCAUGAUCAUAACAACAAUUAUAAGCUAAUCCUGUUCCAUUUGACUUCCUCUCUUUGCGAUGACAGCACGAAGACGCCGAGGGUACGCGACGAUAGUUGCACGCAGGUAAUCUGGCGACAAAGUGUCUCAUUUCUAGACCAGGGUCUUCUUCAGGGCCUCGAUACUCGAGGGGGGUUUGACGUUGACCUUGUUUUGCAAAACCCCAGAAGGAGUAGUCCAAAGGUUUGAGGUCUGGUGAAAACGGUGGCCGUUAGUCCUUCGGGAUGAACGCAGGCAAAUGGGUCUCGGAACACUGUUGCGACAACUUGGCUGCGUGUGCUGGAGCACCGUCUUCUUGGAGCAUCCAGUGACGUCUAUUGAAGUCCUUCUGAGUCCAGGGAAGAGGUGUCUUCUUCAAAAUCUCCGAAAUGUAGACUUCCUUGUUAAUUUUUACUUCUUGAUCGACAAAUAGCAAUGGUGUCUUGCGAUCAGCAGACUCUGCUCCGAAAACCAUCACACUAGCGGGGUGAGAGGCUCGAUGAAUGGUCCUUCCGUUGCCAAAAGCUUCGUCAGACGUCUUAGCAAGUACUCGAUGAUUUUGAGGGUUGAAUUCGGCCUGUACCGUGAUCAGCUUCUCGUCAGAGAACACUGUAACCAAGUGUCCUUCAGUGCGCGUGCGCUGAAGGAGCUCUCUUGAUCUUUCGAGCCGUUUCUUGGUUGUAGCUUCCGAGAGAAUUGCUGCUUUUCUUACAUAGUAACAGAUGAGCUUCAGCUUGUCUUUGAGGAUCCUUUCCAUCAAACUUCGACUAAUUUUCAUAUCUUUCGCCAUCUUUCUGAUGCUCCGGACUGAACUUCUUCUGGUUCUCUCUUUCUCAGCUUUGAUCCGAUCUGGAGUGACGACUGUUGCUUUUCUUGCUCUCUCACAUCUAUCCAAGAACUUGCUGAGCUUUUUGAAACGAAAAAUCAAGUCAUAGACGGUUCUACUUGGGACUGCGAGCCGUUUAAUGAUGUCAACCGGAGCGACUUCUUUUUUGAAAAGGUGCAGAAUCGAAGAGCGAUGUGGAUUCGGUGGUGCCAUUUACCGAAAACAAAACCGAUUGAUCUGAAUUUUGGCAAAAUGGUAAAAAACAUACAAUUAAUCAAAAUUUUAUGUAUUACGAGCAACAGAAUUGCGUUUUCGCCUUGCUGUAUAGCGUCAAACUUUUUUGCGGGUAAUUUUGAGCCACCCUGUAUAGGGUGAAGUUAUAGCAAUAAAGUGAAAAUUAAAAAAUAUAAAGGAAUUUUCCAGAUGAACGAAGACGACGAUGGCGAGGAGGAAGCGUUGGAUUUGGACGAUUUGGUCGAAUCUGGCGGUCUGGAAGAUCCUGAUCCGAAUAGGUAUCGACUGAUGACGUCAUUGGUUAUAAAAUUUUGAAGAGACUCAUGACGUCAUUAAUUAUGAUUUUUCGAAGAGAUUUAUGACGUCAUUGAUUAUCUUUUUUGAAGAGAUUUAUGACGUCAUUGACCAUUAUUUUUUUAAGAUUCGUCGCCGCUUCUAACAAACCGACGAGUGAGGUCGAGCGCCCACGAACCUAUGAUCUUCACAUUUGCUACGAUAAAUAUUAUCAGGUUCGGACUUUCCUCCACUUUCGUUUAAGUACAAUAAUCGUACAUGAAUAUUUAAACACCAUACUUAGAGUGGCCCCUACAGGGAACAAAAAAAGUGCCUCCUAUAGAGGUUGAAUUAAUGUGGGAGUCUGACCUCUCAGCCCAUCAAGCUCAAGUAGCUCCUAUAGGGUCUUUAAAUGUUGUCUUAGUUUGAAUAUUAACAAGGAAACUUAAUAAUUCUUAAUAAUAAUCUUGUGUUUAUAUAUUUCGUUCAAUUAACGCUAUUUUUUUUUCACUUGUCAUAGAGCUCAAAACUUUUUUUUUUCACUUGUCAUAGAGCUCAAAACAAUAAAAAACUAGCAUGUUCUCCUAUAGGGACCAAUAAUUAAAACUUCUAAAGGGGCCUUUUUUCCAAGCUUCAGUGGGGAAGUAAUUUAGUCUCUAGAUAAAAACCUUCAAGGGCCAUAAAGAUGCUCCUUAAGGGAACAAUCUGGCGUUUACCUUGAUAAAAUAUUGUUUCUCCAGGUCCCGCGCCUUUAUCUCGUUGGCUACGACGAAAAUAGACGACCUUUGUCAGUGGAGCAAACUUACGAGGACUUUUCUGCGGUAAUUUUCGAUUUUCAAAGUCUAUUUUCGGGGUUUUCACUCCGCGCAGAUGUCUGAAUCUCUCGAUUUUACGAGAUAUUUUGCUUCUAGUUUAGAAAAGAUUAGUAAAUAUUGUCUCUAGAACCAGCGAUGAAGAAGAUGUAUAAUUUACUUUUAAAAAUACGCCAACAAGCGGUUUUUUUCCGAGCUGUUUAUUCGAUGUUAUAUUUUUCCUAUUUCGUUUCAGGACCAUGCUAAUAAGACGAUUACGGUAGAAUCCCACACUUCUCUGGAUUGCGACAUGCCCACGGUUCACCCCUGCAAACAUGCCGAGGUAAAAAUUGAUGAUGAUUGUGAAAUUCACUUGGGUUUUUAAAGGAACAUGGAGACAUUUUGAAAAAGGUCUCUAGGCGAAAAGUCGUUCUGUACUUCAAAAAUUUAAUGUAAAGCUUUUUUUCUUAACGUAUUGAAGUACAUCAAUAUUGAUGGCGUGAUCCAAGCGGUUUUUGGGAAAUAGAAAAUUAUCUCUGACUUUCUAAAAUUCAGUUAUCUCUCUCACUCUAUGAUAGUUUUUUUUUUGAAUUUUUUGGGAUAACUUUGAACACGCCAUGAUUUUUUUAUAUGCACGUAUCGCCAAAAACUUGAAAAAGGCUGACUUCUCUGCGCUAUAUUUUUAAAAGUGCUUCAUGUCUCUAUGACCUUUCCAUCGAGAGAAAAGAGCGCACAGACACGUCAGACGCAUUUUUUUUCGUUUCCAGAUGAUGAAACGACUUUUGGACCAGUACGCGGAAAGUGGCAAGGAACUGGGAGUUCAUGAAUAUCUCCUUCUUUUCCUGAAAUUUGUCCAGGUUUCAAAGAAAAAAGUUUUCGUUUUCAUCAAUUUUUUCCAGGCCGUCAUUCCCACCAUCGAGUACGACUACACGAGAGCCAUUCAAUUGUGA